AUGUCGGAGAAUGUAGGUACCACUCUAUUGAUGGACAUGGUUGUCACUGAUGUCCCAAAAGAUGUGGACUUUCCGCAGAUGAUGCUGUCAAAGGCUAAAGAUUUUAUAUGUGAAUUUGUCAUUCCAGAGAUUGCUACAGAAUAUCGUUGGAGUGCCUGGACAGAGUAUUCAACGUGCACCAGGUCAUGUGGAAUAGGCAUUAAAUUCCGCCAGAGGGCGUGUUUCAGAUUUGGGGCAAAACCGGAGCUGGUAGAUGUAUCUCACUGUGGUGGUGUUUCAAGAGAAGCUAAGACGUGCAAUACACAGUCAUGUCCAAGAGGUGCGCGAGACUUCAGGUCCUUGCAGUGUUCGUUCUUCAACGGCAAAAAACAUGGCAGCACGGACCAUCAUGUCUGGGUACCGUAUCGAUCAGCAACUCCAACUUUUUCCCUUGUCUCUUUCGCUGGAGCCAAGUUUAGACGGAACACAAAGAUUAAGUCCUGUGCUCUUGCUUGUACGCCACACGGACGAGGCCAUUUUGUGGUGCAGUUCUCCUCGCACGUGGUGGAUGGGACGGAAUGCCGGGAAAAUCCACACAGCGUCUGCGUGGCCGGACAGUGCAUGGCAGUUGGUUGCGACAAUGAACUUCAAUCACGUGCCAGGGUGGACUGGUGUGGAGUUUGUGGGGGAGACAACUCAAGCUGUGAAACGCUGUCAGGAAAUAUAGCCAAAAACCUCACCGUAGGCUAUGGUGAAUUGCUAACCAUUCCAAGAGGAGCGCGCCAUAUAAAGAUUGUAGAGAGACACAGCAGAGACGUGGUUCUGGCUCUGCGAAACACUCAGGGAAUCUUCUUUAUUAACGGUCACCUAGAAACCCGUUAUUCAACCAUCACUCGCCUUGUGGCAGGAACUGUUUUCUACUAUCAUCACCCGCUAUUUGACGCACGUGGAAUGGAAACUUUCCAAGCCGAAGGACCAAUCAGCCAAGAGCUUGUAGUUAUGGGUCACACUCAGCAAGCUCUCAGUCCCGUGGAUAUUUUGUUUGAAUACACCGUCCUCAAAAACCAAAGUGGCCGGCUGGAAUACGAUACGUACAAAAAUAUCAGGGAGAAAAGCUUGCCUUGGGAGGCCAUCUUGUACGAGAAACUACAUCCGGGCUACAACAUUGGAGCUGUUGGAUCGGCUUAUGUGAAACGGAAGAAGGAAGGCGACGAGUCAUCGUUCAGUUUUAGAGUUCCACCUUGGGAACCACCGAAGCCUCGCUUAGUUUCUUCACCGAGACUACCUGAGCACGAGUUCGUCCACCAGUCCACGCCCAGGCCAGCCAAACCUCAACUCCCUCCAAUUCAGCCACAAUUCCAAGCGCCGCCCACAUCAUCGCCAUCUAGAGCAGUCCCAAAAAAAUCAUCAUGGUUACAGACUGACAGGCGCAGCCGUCUGUCAUCACCGUCAACCAGAGAGCCUCAUGAUACUCAACGCACAACUUAUGCCCGCCGGAUUUCUCAUCGGGACAAGAAACUCGAGGAUGCCUUCGAGGAUGACAGACAGCGCGGUGUCCAGUUCGAGUUUUUUGAGUGUCAUCGCACAGUAGAUGGCCUGACGGUGUUAGACUCGUACUGCGAUGAGCGGGACAAACCGGAUCCUCGCUACCACCAGUGUACACGUCAACAAUGUGUCGCCAGAUGGGUGACCGGUAUCUGGAGUCAUUGUUCCCGGAGUUGCGGAGAUGGUCAGACGUUCAGAUCAGUUCGUUGCUGGCGUAUGCUCGCUCCGGGUUUUGACAGUACUGUUCAUGCUGACCAAUGCAAGUCUUACCAAAAACCGGAAUCGACGUCUAAGUGUAACGAAGGCGCAUGCGGGCCGCAGUGGCAGUUUAGUUCCUGGGGAAAGUGUUCGGCAGAGUGCGGACGAGGGCACCAGCGACGUAUAGUGCGCUGUAACACAGGUGAUACCCGGGAUUGCCAAAAGUCGCCACGCCCCGCAGACAGGAGAACGUGUGGAAGCGCCACGUGUGACAACUUUUGGAAAACUACCAAAUGGUCCAGGUGUUCCGGCCCGUGCGGCUCCGGCGUGAGACAACGGCAAGUGCUAUGCCGUGGUGCACGAGGGAGAGCUCUAGAUGAACGGAGCUGUGACCGAAGCACAAAGCCCCUUUCCGUGCAGGCCUGUGGGGAGAAGGACUACUGCCAGUUUGUCUGGGUCCCACAGCGAUGGGAAAAGUGUACAGCAGAGUGUGGGGAAGGGACCGCGGACAGGAAAGUGGUGUGUGGGGCCGUCUCGAACGGGCGUUUCCAAGUCCAUCCAGACUCAUAUUGCCACCGUACUUCCAAGCCCAUGACAACUGCCCGUUGUAGAGAAAUGCCGUGCGAAGCCAAAUGGCUAACCACCGAAUGGUCCAAGUGCUCUAAAAGCUGUGGAAAGGGGGGCAUUAAGAUGAGAGAAGUUCGUUGUUACCAUGACGAUGAGGAAUCCAACGGCUGCGACAACAACCGGAAGCCCAAAGCUGUUGAGGAAUGCCCACUUCCGGCGUGCCCGGAAGAUCGUCGAGGAGGCCCACCUUGUGCAGACGACAAAAAGAGAAUCAACUGUGACCUCGUGCUGAAGGUGCAACUUUGUCAACACUGGUAUUACAAGACUGCUUGCUGCAGAUCCUGCAUUGAGGCUAACAGACGACAGAGCGAGAGGUCAGGAGACAUUGGCUAACCACGAAACUGACAAGCGUUGACGUCCGAGAUAUGUCGAUAAGGGUAGAAACAGUAUAAAUGCAUACCCUC